GACUUUUUUGCUGUUGAAUUUUGGUUUCUUGUUAGUGCGAAAAACGGUUUUUCUUCCUUUCCGUUGAUGUCACGGGAUGCCAGUGACCCCGAUCAUCACCUGCCUGGCUGCCAGGGGCACAAUCUUCUGUAGAGGCGCAGCAUCGGGAGGUUUUGCGCUCACCGCGUCACACCGUCGACCGCUGACGCGGCGUCAUGGUCGGACUUGAUGCCGUACAGGACUAUUGUGAACGCACACUUGCAGUGCAAUAACUUGGGAUGUGAUGUUUACCGUACUGCAUCAGAGCAUAACUCGCUCUAUGGUCAGACCAACAGCAGCAAGUGAUCCGACCAUCUGUUCCUUGCUCUAUGAUGCGACAAAAUACUUUCAGGCAGCCCAUGAUGGAACCAUCCUUAUCGAAGUGAACAAAUUGUUGCCCUGCAAGUCACGGACACUGUAGCCAUGACUGCAUCACACUGUAAACUCCAAGAUCCGGAACCAAAUUUGGAGUUCUGUGUUGAGUUGCCCUGCCAUUUACUUUGCUCCAAUUGUCUUCAAUUCAAGGAGAGAGCUUACACUCAAGGAGAAACAUCUGAUAGACUAUGAGCCAAGCAGACACUGAGACUGUCUUCAUCAUGGCAGUAACGGAGAGUGCUGCAACCGAUGCAACAGUUAUUCCUAACAUCUCAGAUUCUCUGACAUGGGACUCUGCCAGUACCAACAAUUUGACCACGCCAGCCCCCGGGCUGCAGCCACCGUAUUGGGAUUUGCCAGUCGUCAUCACCUUGGCGUCGGUGCUGUCCAUCGUCAUGGUGAUAAGCAUCAUUGGGAACUCACUCAUCAUCCUGACCAUCAUCUUCUUCAAGGGAAUGCGGAGCAAGACCAAUAUGUUCAUCACCAACCUGGCCUGUGCCGACCUGGGCGUCUCAGUCCUCUGCAUGCCGUUCUCGCUGGCCACAGUCAUCCAAGGCGACUGGACGUUUGGCCCGGUGCUGUGCAAUGCCAAUGCCUUCUUUGAGGCACUGUUUCUGGUGGCCUCUACCCAUGGGCUCAUGGCCAUUGCCCUGCACAAGUUUUCCUCCCUGGUGCUGCCACUGAAACGCAUCAUCAACCUCCGCCGGGCGAUUGCCAUGGUUACCUUCGCCUGGUUCAUCGGCCUCACCUGUGCCAUUGGGCCCCUGGUCGGGCUCACCAAGAACGUCUACAAGCCUGGCACCUCACAGUGCGGGCCCAAAUACCCGGAGAAACUUUCUGAGAAAAUCAUCGGGCUCUAUGUACCCCUCGUGGGCAUCAUCAUUCCGUUGACGUGCCUGAUUCUCGUCUACGGCGUCAUUUUCAACACGAUUCGCAAAUACAGUCGGCGGCUUCGCAGCCACACCAGCAUGACGGAGGACAAGAUUUUCCACCAGCAGAAGCGCAUCACCAUCACCCUCUUCAUUGUCUUUGUGGCCUUCUUCAUUUGCUGGACUCCCUACUUUGUAUACUCAACCUUGGGAUUUUCCCUCGGCUUCCAGAAAGUUCCCACAAUCUUGAAUGUGGCUGCAUACUGGAGUGGUUACACCAACUCAGCACUCAACCCAAUUAUUUAUGCAUGGAGGGCCAAGUCGUACCGAAAAGCCUUCAGGAAGAUCUUCUGCUGUAAUGUUAAAGGCAGUCUUUUGUCUGACACCGGGACAGCCAACAAUGGGGACAGCUCCAGCGUUGCCCUGAGGCUUAGCAGAGCUAGACCCAGUAUAUUGACUCCAGAGCUAGUCUGCAGAAAAAGCUCAUGUUACCAGCAGGUGUGGGGCCAGCAGGGCGUCAUGUCAGCACAGAGCAAAAAGGGAGAGAAAGGUUCACCAUCCCCAUGUGUUGAAGUCCAUGAAUUCGCGUCUCCAGCUCUGCUGCGUCGCAGCCGCAUCUUACAGGGGGGUUAUCCGGGAUCCCAACCUGGCAGUAAAAGCAGCAGCCUAAACAGCAUCCUGAAACCGUCACCAGUUCCCCGCCGGGAUCAUGGAUCUAGCACCAACCGACCUACAGCCAUCCUUGUCAAGGAUGUCAAAACCAACCACGGUGACAUCUGGCUGCGUGGGCUAGUCGGGGUCAAUGGACACACUGGACUCCAGGGCACCUCCAGCGAUGAUGAUGAAGACGAUGUCUUCUUGCCGGACAGGGCACUGAGGCGCAGUCAGAGCGAGACGGACAAGGAGUGGCUGGAGAGGAAGCACUUUGAGGUCACACCUAGGGCUAAGAACCAUUUCCCCUACCGCUCGGACCCUGGCAAGCGCGGGUUAAAAAAGUCACUCUCCAUUGGACUCAAACAACAGGAGCCCCCGACUCAACAAAUUCCAAACAUUAACUGGGAGCCAGAUGCCAAGGCACGGAGAGCCCUGCUUGGACGAUCCACAAUAGUAUAAUCAAUUGCACGAGCGCCCUCGUGCAAUUGAUUACAUGUCAGAAGCAGUAGGCAUUACCUACAAACAUUUGCAUCUUGCUUGUUUUCCUUUGUCUUAAUGCUGUUAACUCAUUUCUUCAUCAGCAAAGUGGAAAACAGAGGGUGCGUGUAAAUGGUCAAAAAGUGGUUAUUAGACUUCAAAGGAGUGAUGUUUCCUUAUCUGCUGAAAGAUUUGUUCUCGCAAUUGCACAAAACUGUGAAAUAUAUAUUUAUUCUUUUAAUUUAAACAAAAGAGCCUUUAAAGCUCUUUUGAAGGCUUUAAAAAAACCUUGGACAAGUAUUUAAAUGCUUCAUGUAUACAUGUAAUCGUCUUAUGUUCUACAGUACUAAGUAAACUGUGGUCUCUGUAGGAUGGAUAGAUAUGUACAUGCAUGUCACGGUGGCUAAUUCUCACGCAUUUAGCCCGAGAUUUCCGUAGUUCCAGUUUUUCUUAUGCCAUCAUUUCCAUUUGGAAAUUUUCAAGCUUACAAUAAAAGUAUAACCUAAAACAAUAAAAAAGUAGCAAUUCUCUUCACAUGUUUGAGUUCUAUGCCCUGUCUUCACUUAGAAAGGAAAACAUUCCCUAGGCUGUAAGCCUUUGUCCUGGUAAAGAACGCAUAGGCCUGGUUUGAUUGACUACAUUAUGCAGCUACGGUGUUGCCCCAAACUGGCUUCCAGCCAUAUGUCUGAGACACCUUAGCCAUGAGGUACUUCCUCUGCUCAUCAAAAGAAUGCCACCGAUCCACCACACAUUGCACAAAAGUUAUGACCAGUGUUCAUCAGAAUGAGCACAAACAAUAACAAUAUGCAGUUUUAGAGUUCAGCCUUCUGCCCCCAAAGAAAGCUGAAGCUUACAUAUGAAAUUUAACGUUUUGCCUUGCAGAAAAGCUGCUAAAAUAUGCAUGUGUUUAGAUUAAACUUUAAACUACAAGCCAAAUCUGUGGUAAAAGUGUACUAAGUCAAAGGCUAACUUCUUGUUUAGGUUUUUAAAGGAUGCUUACCUUGCGCCCCAUGUGUAUGAUGGUCAAUGCAAUCGGACAUUGAAAAUUACCAUACAGCAUAUCAUGAUUAGUGUCAAGUUCUCUCCUCUACAGCACUUCAGUAUGAGCCACGAUAAGUAGAUGAGAGACUCAUCUGUUGCGUAUUAUAGCAAAGCUUCAAGUUGAACGUAAUGUAGUGGAAAAAGAUUUUUAUGUCAUCUUGAGACCAAACAUGCAAAAGUAAAUGCAAUCUAAUCUAGAGUGCAAUGUGCAUUGGGUAAUUCAAACAUUUUUCUUCCUUUUGCUUUUAGAAAAAAGUUUGUUUUGUAAAACUGAAGUUUGACCCAACAUUGUUUUUGUUGGAAAAAGGGAAUAUUAUUCUUUACAUACGUGAACUAACUGUACACCAAGUACUGAGAAUAAAGAACUUAAACGCUGUGUCAUUCAUUGAAAUGGGAAGAAUGUUUAAUGCCUAUUAAGAAAUUUUCUUUUGGUAUAAACAUGUUAUAUGUACCACUGCACAAUUCCGAAAGAGUGAAUUAUCGCUCUCACCGUAACUACAGAGACCAGACAAUAAAAUCGAAAAGUUCAUUAUGUUAGAUUGAAAGAGUAAACAAAAAUCAUUCGAGACUUGUCUAUUUCACUGCAUUUCACCUUGUCUCUAGUUUCUGUCAGAUUUGACUUCCCGAAGUCGAAUUUGCAAUAUGAGCAGUGCCUUACAGACAAAAACUAAACGUUUUUCACGAGGAACUGUAAUUUUGCAGAGCAAGUUGAGGUACUUAAGAGCAGCAUUCAUUUGUGUCUAUGUUGAUGUCCACCUGAAAUCCUCUGAAGUACAGCAAUUUCUUUGUGACUUUUUGGAUUGGCUUUUUAUUUUCAAUAACUCCAUUGUUUUAACUUUUAUGCUAUUGCUCGGAGAAUCUCGCCCAGAUGAAUUUUAAAGACCAAGAUUUCUUUUUAAAAAUUAUACUUCGCGAAAAAAUUCCAAAUGGACCUGACAAAGUUGAUGGGUUAGUUGUGGUGGGUUAAAUUGGGGAAACUUUAAUGUAAUUGUGUAACUACAAAAUGUGUAGGCAGUUGUAUACUUUGUACAUAUAUAGUCAAACGCCUUGCGCGAUGUUCUUUCCAUCUAGUAAUUUAUGAUGAAUGUGUCACGUAUGUUGCCUUAAAUAAAUUAAACAAGAUCUAUACUAUUAUCAUUUA